AACUCCGGAUAAGCCAAUCAGAGGCAGAGCAGGGGCGGGUCUUGCUGCGAAGGGGAGAAGCGUCACUUCCUGUCCUGCGCAGAAGCGACGACACACCAACAUGGCGUCGGCGGCGGAGAAGUCAACGAAAGAGCGGCUGCUGACGGUGCUGGACGAUCUGGAGGUUCUGUCCCGGGAGCUGAUCGAGAUGUUGGCUCUGUCCAGGAGCCAGAAGCUGCCUCAGCCCGGGGAAGACGUCCAGCUCCUGGAGCUGCUGGUGCAGAGGGACCGGGAGUUCCAGGAGCUGAUGGAGGUGGCUCAGCAGCAGGGGGCGGUGCACCAGGAGAUGCAGCUGCUGGAGAAGGAGGUGGAGAAGAGAGACAGCGACAUCCAGCAGCUCCAGAAGCAGCUGAAGGAGGCCGAGCACAUCCUGGCCACUGCUGUUUACCAGGCGAAAGAAAAACUCAAAUCUAUUGACAAAGCCAGGAAAGGAAGUAUCUCAUCAGAAGAAAUCAUCAAAUAUGCUCACAGAAUCAGCGCCAGCAACGCUGUGUGUGCUCCUCUCAACUGGGUACCAGGUGAUCCACGUCGACCGUACCCUACUGACCUGGAAAUGCGCAGCGGGAUGCUGGGUCACAUGGCCAACAUGCCGACCAAUGGUGUGAACGGACAUCUGCCUGGUGAUGCUCUGGCUGCUGGAAGGUUACCAGACGUCCUGACGCCUCACUACCCCUGGCAGUCCUCGGACGUCUCCGUGGGGAUGCUGCCUCCUCACCACGGCAACGACUUCGGCCUCGAGCCUCCGGGUCAUAACAAGGAGAACGAGGACGAUGUGGAGGCCAUGUCGACAGAUUCCUCCAGCAGCAGCAGCGAUUCCGACUGAGGAACUGUGUGUGUGGUCACCACUGAGCAACAUCUGGUCAAACCUCUUCACCUCUGCUCAUUUACAUUAAAGUGGAGACUCCAACAAGUUAAAGCAUGAGACCAAGUGUUUUUAUGUGACUCUAUCAUCGACUUCAGGUAAAACCUUCUGAGCAGCACGUGUCUGCAGCUGUUUCCUUCCUUUUCUUUCACCUGUGGACUGAGUCAUGCUAGCUGUUUUCUCCUGUUUCCAGUCUUUAUGCUAAGCUAAGCUAACCAGCUGCUGGCUGUAGCUUUAUAUUUACUUCACAGUAAAGAGGCCGAUCAGUCUGAACCUGGUGAACUCAGUGUGUGUUUCCCCAAAAUGUCCAACUGCUCCUUUAAAGAGCUUCAGUCUGCACCAGUCUGAGACGUUAGAUUCCUACAAACCAGAGCACCUUUGUUUUUCAGGUUCCCUUGUUGCUAUAAUUCAGACAGUUUGGUUUAAACUGAAUGAAAACAAAGUGAGUCCAGCUCUUAUCGUCUACAUGAACAGAAUCAGUCUGAUGUUCUGAAAAGAUGAGGUCAGUCUGAGUGACGUCAGAUCACAGGUCUGUUCACUGCAGCCUGUAUUUCUUAGUAUGAUACAGAUACAUGGUGUUAUUUUACCUUUGUGUAAAUAAGCGUGUACAUACUCCUCCCUGUAAAUAAAUCCUUCUUUUUAAAA